AAAGAAAGAAGAAACCCGCUGCAGGUACCGGUCAUGCUGACCUGUGAGAUCUGCGGUGAAGAACUCCUGCUGGAGGAGGACAUGAAGACCCACCUCCUCCUCAGCCACCUGGAGCGUGAGCCGCACUGUCCUCUAUGUUCGCUGUCCGGAGUGUCCUUUGAUGAACUCAGGGUCCACGUUCUGUCUGCACAUCCUGAAGACCAGGACAGAGAGGGGGGUCCGGGUCAGUCCAUGUUUGUUUCAGGCUCAGGCCAGUCGACAUGCGGUUCAGGUCUGGAUCAGUCCAUAUGUGGUUCAGGUUCCUCAGUCAGACUAAAAGCCGGGCAGAAGCACACGACUCAGAAUGGGUGUUUGUUAUCUGGGGGGGCUGCUUCUUUACAAGAACAGAGUCCUGAACCCUCGGCCAGGUUCUGGAAGGGGCCCAUGCAAGAAGUGGACUCUGAACCCAGUAAAGCAGAGCCUCAGUUCUCGUGUCCGCUGUGCUCACUGGUCUGCAGCAGUCCUUCUGUCCUCCAGGACCACGUAGAGCUGCAUCUCCAGGGUCCAGUCUCAGAUCAGG